CGCAAACAAAGCAUGCGGAACGCAGGGAGACGUUGCAGUAUUUUGAAGUCUCGAGACCGACCGAGAAAUCGGAGCAGAAUGUUUCAGUUGCAAAAGUGUGCUCGUGCCAAUUAGACGCGGACACGUGUGCGCGCGUACACCUUGGGUCCAGCAUCGUAACGAUUGCAUUUGGUCGCUGCUCUACCAACACACACACCCACAUUCACCCUAACACAACGGUGCGAUCGAUUUGUUGAGUCGUCCAGGUGAAUUCUGCACCCUUCGCGGUACGAUGCGUAACAACACACCAGCCGACCGACGGGGCGACCCAAAGGUGGCCAUUGCCUAGCUUCCAGGUCGCUCGGCUCGGUGGUCCAGUGACGCGUAUCUUGCUCCCGUUCUCGCAGGAUAGCUUUCGCUAUCCCUCUCUUUCUCUCUCUCUCUCUGUCGCGCGCGCACGCAACAACCCAACUCUGCAGACUGCAGAUAAACCAGCAGACGGUUGGACGCCUUUCGUGCAGAGGGUUUCGCGAAAGGCACCCCACACAAAAAACGGAAAAAAGAAUACCAGGUAAAAGUGUUCAACCGUUCUACGAUUGUCGGAAAAAGGAUUUCAUCCUUACAAUUGAUUCACAGAGGAUCAGGUGAUUUUAGGUGUGUUUGAUUGAUUAGUAGUGUGGUGUGUGUGCCGGGUGCAAUGUGAUGAGUGGAUCCAAUUAAACCGUGUGGUGCGACCGUUCAGUGCAGUUUGUGCAAUGUUUAUCCCGUCCGUAACGAGCAGCUUUACAUAGGAAUAAUACAGUGCAGUUUCAAGCAGCGUACAUGCUGGUUCGACAUUGAAGACAUUGCCUCGACCGGAACCGCCACCAAAUCAAUCCAUCUCCUUUAUCCUCCCCCCCUGCUCGGGUGCUGCCAAAAGGGAAGAAGAGGAAACAUCCGUGCUAGCUCUAUCCUGGAUGCAUGUCGGCCGGAACGCUAUCGAUCGGCGGUGUGCGGUAUGAAUAGCGAAGCAGAAACCUCCCAUAUCCUUCAGAAACUGCACGGCGAGCGAGUGAUGAAUCUUUAAAUGAAGCUGCUUUGUUUUGUCGGCGCAUGUGUUCGAAUUGUAGCGAAGUUUGCGAAGCGAUUGAAUGGCAAAAUAUUCAUCCACUAAGGUUUGUUUGGCUGUGUGUUUGUGUGUGUGUGUAUGUGUGAUAGUGUUUGCAAGUGAAAAGUAAGCAAAUCGGGAGGAAAAAAUACACCUAGAUGUGAAAGUGAAACACGGAAGUGCAACCAAAUCUGUAAAGUGCGUUUAAGUAUUCUGGAGGAUGCUUCCCAGCUGCUUCUGCCGGAUGUGCCGGAUCUGCUAGUACAGUGCAGGGCGCACCUCCCCGGUAAUAUAAGUGGAAACCACUCGUGCAACGCCGCGUUUAAUGCAAAACGGUUUCACUUAAUUCGUACUACCACUUCCUCGCCGUGAGUUUGUUCCAUGUUUGCGCUCUCCAAAAAAGGUGCUUCCCGGAUUAUCGUACCAAUUUGUUCCCGUAGUUAAGGAUAGUGUUGGAAAUUUCGACCAAAACAAGGAAAAGAAAGCUGCUACCUGCAACGUUUCCGACCACUUGCUGUUAUUUCGCCGGCUCUCCCGGCCAGUCGACACCAAUUCAUCGCACAACAUUGAUUCACCGGGUGCGAAGCGCGUAACAGCGUAGAACAGAAUGAAUAACAAGCUGCAUCUGCUGGCCGUACCCUUGCUUAGCCUGCUCGUGGGCUAUGUAGCUAGCCUAGAAGAGGACUGUGUCGACUUCCAGGGAAACUCGGUCGCACACGGUCUACUCUACGUACCUGGACCGGGCGUGUGCAGUUUGUGCGUCUGCUACCACUCUGAGCCGCUAUGGUGCAAAGCAAUCUACUGUGAUCCUCCUUAUUUCUGUAAAAAGUUUCGCGUAGGUGAACGAUGCUGUGAAUUUGAGUGUCUCGAUCCACCCGGAGAGGACGAAAUGUAUCAGGCUCGACUCCGGAAGCGUGCGGAGAUACUGGCCGGAAAUGGAGCCAGCACACCGUCACGGUCCGGCGAUUGGUUCUGGUCGCCGACGAGCCGUGCCACCGUAGCCGGACUGCUGCUGGUAGCGUUAGUGCAGAGCGUUACGCAAAGGUUACUGCUGCUGCCGUCAUAGCUCUGCUGAGGGUACAGCUACUACAACAGCACACCGAACCGCCCAACACUCUGCUGCCCAUCGUAACACCUUUUGUUACGUUCGAGGCGAAUCCAGCCGAUCACGCCGAUCACGGCCGACCCCCUGGACACGCGACACACGGGUACGGUGUGGUCUGGCGAAGAUGCGACGGCGGAUUUGGAGCCGGGAUCAUAGGCGUCAUAGAAUAUUUAAAAUCGAAAGCAAGCCAAGUUCUAAACUGACCCGCGAAGGUAAGGGGUCCGGCCUGGGCCGACCGUAUCACACACACACACACACACAUACUGUGGUAAGUGGAACAGCAAACGCAACACGCGAAACACAAUGAAGCCGAGGUGCGAGAAAUCUUUAAACUAUGCAAUGCAGUUUUUUAAUAAGAAAUAAUAAUUAAAAAAAAAAACAAAGCCAGUAUGAAACGUGAUUGCUAGCAGGCCUGCUAGUCGUAAGGCCCUAGCGUGACAAUUAGCUAUUCUAACGAAUCAACCCACAUUCAUACAACACAACAAAUCUAGCUGUAAGAAAGUUUUGCUUUUAACGCGCGUUGAAGAGUGGGAAUACAAUCAUGAGCGUUAUCGUUAGUGGAUGGACGGACGGGCAUGAAAUAAAUAACACUACAACACAAACCUAAACUACGUUGGCGCACACCAACAACAGCAAUAACAAAGCAGCAAUCGAUAGCAUCCUCAUCAUCCAUCCUAUUUCUUCUACGAUCAAAUCCUUAAAUUUUGAAAUUACUCUGCUCGUAACUACCAACCCACAAGUUCUGAGGGAAAAAAAGAUAAAUUCUUAUGGAUGUAGCGCCAGGGUGGAGUUGUAGCCAGGGCGGAGAGUGCAUCAAUUUCAACGAGACGUCCACUAGCAGCAGUACAAUUAAACCACGGCACACAGAACAAUUUCGUGAUGGCAACCCAUAGAAGCAUAGCUAGGCGAGUCUUUCUUAGAAGCGGAGUUAGGAUGUAGCUACACAAACACUUCUCAAACACAUGAGGUAAACAAAUCUCUUUGCGUCCCGAGCGCUUUAGUAGUACGGCAGUAGUAGCACCGUUAGCGUGGUUGUAGCGAGCCGCUGUGCGCAGCUUAGCAAGCCGCCGUGCGUACCAGUUUGCGUACCGUCCGCGUCUGAUUCAAUCUUCUCUUUUUUGUAACAUCUAAAACGGUUUCUGGUACUUAGUGAUUGAAUACUUCCAAUCUUCCAAUAGAGGAGGACGAUCGAGUAGUGUUGUAGCAUUAUAACGAAAAAAAGUAAACACCUUUCCAACAUUUCCAAUAGCGCUUAUUUCGACCGUGGUUCAGGGAGCGGUUAAGCGAUAUUCUGCAGCGUUGGAGUGACUUUUCCAGCUGGAGGAAAAGCUGCUUUAAGUUCGGUAGUGUACAUUAAUAUCUGUUUAUUUCAUGGGAACCACAUUUUGCUGAUUAUCGUAUGCUUUUUUUUAUUUACACAAUAGAUUUGUGUUACAAAUAACCAGCUAGCAACGUACUUAACAAUUCCGCAUGACAUAAGAAAUGAGAUAAAAUUUGACAACUUCAUUACACCCUUACUCAAACCGGGAACAAAACCAUCCAAAACCGUUGGAACAAACAAACAAGCCGUAGGUGUUGCUGCUGCUGCUGCUGCUGCUGCUGCUGCUGCCAAUCGUGGCCAAAAUUUGUUUCACUUUUCAGCACAAAAACUCCCGGUAACUACGACUUGGACUGUCGUUCGAAAUGGUUGCCUAGUGGCCCGGUACGGGACCUUCUCGUUCCUAGGAGUCAGUGAAGCUGAAGUCUAACUAGCCCGGGACUGGCGAAGGGACAGCAAACAGGGACGAUGACGAUAUAAUUUUUCGACCGUUGGUUACGAAAGUUGCUCCAAACGAACCAAAUCCCUGCGAAAACAGCUCGGUUCGGCAGUAUGUGCCACCGCCAGAGCGAAGGUGGUAGCGGCCUCACCAUCGUACGGGGCAGAUUGAAAAAUAGUCCGAUUUUGGAAGCAAAAAAUUGUUUUCCGUUCGUCCUGUGGCUCUUGGCAGAAAUCGUUUUGCAUGAUGCUGGUUUCGAAAUCGGGGUAGCAUCGGGGAAGGAGAAGGCAUCGUUCACGCAGGUGGAAAAAAUGUCCACAACAAACAAAUCCAAUUUUCCCUGUGUGUACUUUUCUGUUUUCGGGUAUGGUCUCGAGGGGGCGGGGGGGGGGGGUGAGGGGGAGCCAACAUCUUCCGCCCCGCACGAAUCAUGGAUCGCGUGUCAAGACCUUCGCGCCAGCUAAACUUUGGAAGGAUGUGUUUGCUUAUUUUCCAUUGAACUGAGUGGAGACGCUCAUACAAAUCACAAAAUUUGUUACUAGUUUCCACAACCCCCUUCCCCGCCCUUCCAAAAAAGAACCAUAUUUCUUUGUAAUUAAUUUCCAUACUGAUUGAAAGUUUGUGUGUGCAAUACCUCACCAUGGGGUAAUGGAAAUCAUAAAUACGGUAACGGCUGCCUGUACGAACCCGACCAUCAAUGCAUUUGCGAUGGCAACACAAAAACAAGUGUCACCAUAGCCGCGGCACGCCAAGCCACCGCCAGGCUGAAGGUCAUGGAGUCAACGGCUCUUCUGACUGCCGCACCCCCGGGGCGCUGUUCCACCACCAUCGAUUGGGUUUCAUUUUUGCCGAAGCUUUCAUUCGCUUAUCCAUCACUUUUCCAUCUCCGUGUCCGGGUCCAUCAUGACGCACGUUAUUUUCUAGGAAUUUCCUCCCCCCCCCGCCUUCCCGACAUGGUGGCAUAUUUUACGGGACAUGAAUACUAAGAGAUGUUGAGAUAGCCCCGUGAAGGUAACGCGAGUGUUGUCGGAAGGCUGUUGUACACUUGCCAACACAGGAGUAGCAAACAUUGUAUCAUCGUUGUGUGAAUCUUUUCGGUCAAAGUUGAACAAAUUGCCUGCAAACGUUUCUAACAUCAGCAAUAACAGACUAUUAUUUGUUCGGUUAAAUUUGUUGCCAAUACCAGCUCGAGAUAAUGCAAACAGUACAAUCGCAAGUCCAUGCCCAGCACUGUCGCUUUUAUGGAAAAUAAAUCGCAAACAUCUUUCUCCGUGCCAAACAAGAGUAAAAAAACGCAAACAAAAAGUUGAUUAGAUCGCUUCCGUUUGCUUGCCCAAAAAAAACGGUCGAGCCUGUGGGGCAUACGCACACACACGCACACACGCGCACGCAAUACAACAACCACGUGUGAGGGAAAAAUCGAUCGGGGGAUGACAUUUUUCCGGCAAUCCUUUCCGGCUCUUCUGUUCCGGUGAGUGUGUGAGUGUGUGUGUGCUAUGUUUGGGGAAACGAGGUUCUGCUAUCUUGCUUUGCCUCCACGCCACCAGGUUACAUCUGGCAACUCAGGUUUGGGGGUUUUGCUGGCCACGUGCUGCUGGUGGGAUUAAAUUGUGAAAUAUCCAGAGCUUAGUGUCCCCAGACGACCCCCCAAAUAUACAGUCCCCGUUUGUGUCGGACAGGUCGUUCCAUCCGCCCCAUUGACUACCUGUCAAUUGGUGAAUGAAUUGUUCAAAAUCAACCCUUCCGUUUCCGUAGCGGACCUCACGGUCGGUCGGUCGAUCGUUUCGAUUCUCUGCAUUUGCUGCUGCCCCCUCCCGAACAGAGCGCAUUUGUGCGGUAUUAGCUUCCUUAACACAUCAAUUUAAAGCACAGUGAACACAGUGGGGAGAAGCAACAAACCCCCCCGACGGUCCCGCAGGUUAACCCGCAUUUGCGAGCGAGUGAAAGCGCCGGCAAAGCGAAGAUCUUUGUUCCCAAAUCUGUCUGCUGUCCCUUUUUUUGAGAUGCUUCCUUCCCAGUUCCCUUCCCAACCGUUGGGCGAAACCUUUUGCUUCGAUUCACAACAACAUCCCCGGAUCGAUUUGUAAUGCCCGGUUCGUACACCCUCAUCACCUCGGUCGCCGUGCUCGGUUGUGUGAUGCCGUAGAUAAUAUUUCAAAUUGCUCCCCAGGGGGCUAUGAACAAUGCAGCAUAACGAUACCCGGUUUCUUUUGUUUUCCUUUUUGCGUUUGGCUAAAAUUAGGUUCAUAAAUUUCAACUCCACCAACGACCAACCCACCAAAUUGCACGCGAAAGCUCUCGCCAGUCGCGCUACCAAUUUGUCGGACGUACGGAAAACUGUAGCGCACCGAGCUGUAUUGUGCGGUGCUGCCCCGGGUUUCGACAUCAAACGCUGGCACUUGUUUUGUGGUGAAUAUCAAACGAAACCGAAACGAAAUUCGAAUUGGAGCGAACAACUUACCACCGUGGUUGUACGUUUUGUUUCCUUUUCCUAUAGCAAGUACGGUGACAUUUUCGACCGAGUGCUCACUUUCCUUCUUCCAUUUAAUGAGACAGUAGCGACAGCGGCUACAACGUCGCAGCCUCCUUCGAUUCGUGCGCAUUUUAGCCGGCCUCGUAUCGCUGAACAAAAAGCAGUAGAUAGGAGAUAGGGGCGUGUGCUUUGGCUUUGAUCCUUGCCGCCGGUUGAAGCAGUUCAAAGAAUCGUACAGUGCACGUGCCGUCUUUUGUGUGAGUAAGCACACGGCUGCCCGCUUUUAACUGAACGCUGAACGCAUCGUCAAAUAUUAAGCACAUAAUUAAAACAAUAACAAAGAUUUAAGACCACCCACGGUGACAUUUCGUGACACACGGUACGGCAAAAUGUGGCUUUGUAUGGGCGCUUGAAGCGCUUGGAGAGUGAAAUGUUUGGUAGAACGAGUACAAUCGCAUUGUUGGGAUCGGUAUGUGUAUGCUCUAACAGCAGGAUUUAAAUAAAUUCCCCUGGCAACAGAAGGUUCGACUGUUCUUAGUAAAGCCCGGGUUACAGCUCGAAUGAAAAUGAAAAUGGAAUUUUGUUUUUUUUUUUUGUUUUGUUUUGUUUGCUAUAUUCCAUUAAAUAUCGAUCAAAAUAUGGCACCAAAAGAAAGGAAUUUAGAUUUUCCAAUAAUUUAGACUAUGAAACGUGUUUAAAUAAUGAAUUAAAAGCAUUUACUUGUAAUUCGCCGCUGAAAAUUAUGUUCUUACCGUGAACAAAGCGGGACAUCACAAGUAAAUGCUUUUAAUUCAUUAUUGUAACAUGUCUAAAGAGUCUAAAUAGUUGGGGAAUUUAAUGAAAUAUAGCAGAAAAUCUCUAAAUUUCACGUUCAAUUUCACUGGAGCUGUAACCCGAGCUUAAAAUGCAAAACGCCUAAAGGUAUGCAACUGGACAGGUUGAUUGCCUAAAGCUGUUUUCAUAAGGACGUUAUUUUUCGAACAACAAUUAAAACAAUUCUUCAAACAAUUUACAAUGGACUCUUACUUCUGCAAAGAAAAAAUCAUUUAACAGGUGCUUUUAAAUUUCCAUCCCUCCUACACACUCAAUCCGGCUUCUUAAAACCUUCGACAUCUUUAUCAAAUAUUUACGCUUGAUUGACUUGCAAAAACAAAAGCUCGUCAUUUGUGCUUUACCCUCCCUACUGUUGCUUUGCUCAGCCGUCCACUCAAAAAAGGGAUUCAUAAUUUUUGCGGAAAUCUCUCUUCACAAGCCUUCACCUGAACCGUACAAUUUGCCUGUUAAAAGCCCAUUCAAACUCAACCACCGACACUGACACUGAUCGCAUCAAAAGAGGAAAAAAAGGCUAACACGCUCUUUGAAGAACUCUGCAAACCGGAUGGGCCCACCGGUUCCUUCUUAUAACGAUCCGCUUACGCAAAAGCGGCCGUUUCUUUCGACCCAACCCAGCCAGCCAGUCCUUGAUAGAGGAGUGUGGUGCCGCGCACAGCAACAGCAAAAACCCAUAAAUGACUUCAGGCUUCAGCCACUCGAGCUGCCACGAACCACGGCCACUCAUCGUUCAUUGGUGAAAUUGUCGCCGUGUAAAGCAAAAAAACAAGUGACACAGAAGAGUGCAAGGAGUUGAGCAAGAAAAUGGCUGAUAAAAAUACUCGACGAAUGGUGGAAAAAAGACUCCGAACCAAAACAAACGGAGCAAAGCAACAGUAGCAAAAAAAAAAACACCACCCCGUCACCAAACAAAGAGGUAAGGCUACCGUCGAUAAUUUCAUUGUUUGGCAGUGGAAAUAAUAGAUCGAUGAGACGGCAAAGAGUAGCAACAACAACAACAACAACAGCAAAAAUGACACCCCCACACAAAAGGGACUGCGUGGCUGAACGGGUGCGGCUGGCUGAGGAAUAAGCCCAUCCUUAUACAAAGCACAGGCCCACAGACACACACACACACACACAAAAACCGAUCCCCCAAUCGGCCGUGCUCGAGUGGAAAAUGGAGGGAUCAAUUUUUUUUUUGCUUGCACUACGAAAAGUAACAGUAAUCCGUUGGGAAAUCGGCCAUGGAAAAAGCUUACUGCGAUGGGAUUGGUUCGGUGCGGUGGGAUCGGGCACUGGACGACACAUUUUUGUCAUCGAUUUAAUGUAUCCCACAAUGGGCCGGUCGGCUUCGGUCCGGUCGGUGUUGGGUCCGGCGUGGACACGGGGCAGUUUCCGGAACAGGGGUGCAUGUGUGAGGCCGGAUAUUAUCUCCUGCUCGCCAAUACCUUUCGCUCCCUCGUUUUGUAACGAGGGAAACGGGGGAGAGAGGGAGUGAUACGAAGCGAUGAAAAGCUUCCUACGGCAUACCGUACACUUUAUGGGUCGUAAUUGAAUUUCGUGUAGUUCAAUGGCACCAACGAGCCGGGCCGUGGCGAAGUUUAUGUGUGCCAGGGGACAUUUUGUCGAAUGUUUUUUUUUAUUCUUUUUCUUUUUUAAACCGACGAGCUUUACAAGCAUGCAAAAAAUUAAACAUCAUCAAGCACAUCACGUUAGGUUGUGCUACCAUUUGACCCUAAUUGAUGAGGGCAGAUGUUUUUCUUGUAUCGUUAUAACUUACAGAAUGACCGCAAUUUCGCCUUACUACUCGGAACAGCAACGGGACCUGGACCUGUGUGGUCGUGGAAGCGGUGGGAUUACCGUUCGAACGACACGGCACAAAACAGUGUUUUCAAGAAUAUUGUUACCUUUUUUGCUAUUCUUCGAAACUUGGUAAUAUGAAUUCAAUGGAUCGUCUAGGGUUUGAUAAUACAAUUACAAUGAUAUGGUCUGCAUGAGCACCAGCAUAUCCAAUAUCAGGCACUUACAUGUUUUUUUUUUAUUUGAAGCUAAAACGCUAGCUCUUUUUAUUUACAAAAUUGGUCUUCAAAAAUGUUUUCCUUACAAAAUGUUUCACUGUGAAUGGUUCAUAAUGAGUUCAAAUAAAUUUGGAAUAUUUUGUAACUUUGAUACUAAUUAUAAACAAAGUGCCCAAAAUUUAUAAUACACAUUUUGGGGUUUUCUAUCAUUCGAACAAUUUUUGGAAUUUUUAGCUUUCCUUUUCAUACAUGCUUAGAGAAAGAGUAGGAGAAAUAGGGGAUUGAACUUUCUGUCACAAUCAAGGCACCUUGAAGCGUCCCAUUGUCUUAGAUUUAGAUAUUAAGCACUUAAGAUGGUCAAUGUAGGACAAAGGCUGUUGCGGUUGCUUCAAUUGCAUAGUUCAAGGCAAUAUUAAAUACAGUGGAGCGCCCUUUAUCCGGGUACCUUUUAUCCGGCUGUCCGUUUAUCCGUGCUGCUGAGAAAUGACAGUUCAAUACAAUGGUGACAUUGCGUUAUGAGGAGGAUAUUCGAAAAAGCGGUUAAAAAAGCACAUUGUCAUAACAAAAAACAUGAUAAUUCAAGGCAAAUUUCAAAUAUUCUUAUGGGAAAACCAUGAAGUUAAUAAAAACUGGGUAAUUUUUAUCAAAAAAUAAUAAAAUUUUCCAAAAAUUAAUCAGAAAUUGGUGAUAAAGUACAUCAUUUGACUCAUUAUCCGUGUUAUUCGCAUAUCCGGGCGAGGUCAAGUCCCGAGAAGCCCGGAUAAACGGCGCUUCACUGUAUUAAAAUUCAGCGCACUCAAAUCAAGCAAAUCUACAUUCGUGGUACAGAACAUGACAACUUGGCACACCUUUUUUAAAAGUCGAAACGACUUUCCUUCAAUAUAAAACAGAGCAAGCUAAGCUUGCCGCUGUUCUUGCAUGCUUUUUUAAGAGAUGUUGCAAUACAAAUUGCAUACUUUAAGGCGGAUAACUCCAUCAGAACGAUAACUUAUAACAAUUACCAACUUUGGACUUUGAUGUGGCCAAUCAGUAGAAAGAAUACCUUUCGCUUUAUCGCAAACAAUAAACUGUUGCGGAUGUGGGAUGAAAAAAAAACUCGGUAAAAGAAAACACCGUUUUCCUCCACGUCAACGCUACGACGACUCUCCACAUCACAACACAGCAGGCAAGACUAAUUUGCUGAGAGUGUCAUAAUCUUCUUUUCUCUUUUAAUUGUUCACCAUCACAAACCUCUGCCCACCCCCCUUUUAUCCAUAGCACUUUUGUGCGAAAGCACGGUUGCAAAUAGUUUUGCAAAACUACACAAGUGUGCAGCAAACACUUCCCGCCCCAUGCUUUUGUCUUUGCUUUCUAACCGGUUACGGUGUGAGUAAACCAUUUUCCCCCGUUGUUGCUUUCGCGUUCGCACACCAGGGCACACGGGAG